AUGGAGCUUUUAUUUAUAAUUGUUCACAAGAAACUGCCUUUGAGACGCGUGCAGGAAACCAUCUUGGUGAUCGAUCUUUUCAACGAUCAGGAGUGGCUGCACAUCGGGAGGGAGCAGUGGCUGUACAGCGUCCGGUCAUCUUUCUUGGCCAUCAGCACGUGCAGCAGAUGGCUUCCGCCACACCUGGCCCUGCAAUCGUUAAAACAGCCUGAAGAAGUCGAGGUGCCCCUGAAGGGCCCAGAUCUCGACCACGUCAUCCUCCUUCAAGCCGCACCGCCUGACGAAGGGGGCUACCGGUUCGUCAAACAAAAAAAAGCUCCCGUCCGAGCUGCUGCCGCGCCGCCCGCCCGCCCGGCCGGCCGCCGCCGCGCCGCCCGCCCGCCCGCCGAAUCAAGCAUCCGGUGCCCCGGCGGCCGCGGCCGCAGCCGCAGCCGCGGCAAGCAUCGCCACCAGCGGACGCUGUCCAGGGUCCGUGACGCGCCGGCGGUCGGCGGCGUCCAGCUGCAGCAAGGCCAGGAGGAGGAGCCGUCCUUCUUCGUGUACGCCAUGCCGAACCAGGGCGGCUUCGGCAGCGGCGGCGGCGAGCAUAAGAAGAAGACGAAGCACAGGAAGCCGCGCAUGCCGUCCUUCGGCUCGUGCUUCCGCAGGAAGAAGAAGGAGCGGAAGCAGGCCAGGGCCACGGCCACUGCGGGCGUCCCGCGCCCGGCGCUCACGCCGGCGUCAUCUUUGCUGACGCAUCCGCCAGGCUCCCCCUCGCCGGAGAAGACGCAAGCUCCGACGACACCGUUGAUGACGCAGCCACCUUCUCCCGCCCCUACCGAGAACGGCAGCACCAUCAACUCGCCGGCGCCGCCUGGCCGGCAGCAGGCCACGCCGAGGCCGGGCAAGCAGUCGCCGGACGACUCGGCGCGGUCGUCGCCGCUCGCGCCGCGGAUGCAGCAGCCGAAGCAAGUGGAGGGGCUGGAGAUCGUCGAGUUGGCGACGGGCGAGCGGCUGUCGGCGCACGAGCUCAGCCUCAUCGAGAUGGUCGGCAGCUCAGCGGACGGCUCUGCGGAGUCGUCGGUGAAGUCAUCACUGGAGACAGGGGCGGAUCCAGAAUCGCAGCUAAGCCAGGACUGGAUCAGUGUAAAUUGAUCUUGCAUGAAAAUCCUCGGCUGAUUUGAAGCUAGUUAGGCUGAUUAGCACUGGCAUAACACAAAGAAAUACUGCAUGUUUUUUGGACCAGACCCGGGCUGCAGCACCCCCAGCCCGGGACCUGGAUCCGCCACUGAAUGGAGAAAGGAGAAGAAAGGAGAAGGAGAAGAAAAGGAGACUGACAAGUGGGACCCAUUCACAUGGGUAUAAUAGACCAUUCACAACAAGUGCUAAUGUUUUUGAGCUGGAGUACUGCUAUUAGCCAAACACGUGCAGCAGCUCCAUGUUUUUUUGAGUUGGUGGAGUGGAGCUAG